AGAUCAUCGAACUGUGUGAAGAUGUAAUUAGUAUUGAUCCAGAUAAUAGUUUAAACAAAACCCUGCAGGAAAACUGUUCAUUACUUAAAACCCCAACAGAAGACCAACGAAGUGUUAUAUUAAAAUCAACCCACUGUAAUGAAGCAGCGGAAUCAGGGUGUGAAAUUAAUACUAUUACUAAUCUGGCGAAUGGCGAAUCUCUUGCUCCCGAAACAUUGAACAUUGAACAUUGA